GUUAAACUCAAUCGGAAGCUGAACAUUAAAAAUCAAAUCACGUUGGUUAGAGCUUUAUACAAAGUAUUCGCGCACUGUACUAUGGGAAAAGAAAGUAUCUGGUUGUUGAUCAUCGGAAUUUCUGUUAUUUCCUGCGAGCUUUUCUCAAAUUCAACUGAAACAUCUUCAAGUAACACUACUCACUGGAGGACAGAUUUCCGAAGCAUCCAGUCCAAGUUCUCGUUGCGAAUCGCAGAUCUCCCGGAUGAGGACCUGUGCUACCUCGUCCCUGGAAUAAGAGAGACUGUAUCAGACUGCAGAUUCAAGCUUGAUGCGCAGACCUUUCUGGUGAUCCACGGCUGGUCGGUUGCAGGACUGUUUGAAAGCUGGAUCGCUAAGCUGGUGUCUGCUUUGUUCGAGCGUGAGCCCAAUGCCAACGUCAUCGUGGUGGACUGGCUGGUGCGUGCCAGCCAUCACUACCCCACCUCAGCUGAGAACACCAGACUAGUGGGUCGGGAGGUGGCCCAAUUCAUCGACUGGUUAGAGAUUAUAGGCUACCCACUUGAGAAGCUGCAUGUUUUGGGGUAUAGUCUGGGUGCACACGUGGCAGGCGUUGCAGGAAACCUCAGCAACAACAAAGUCAACAGAAUCACUGGUUUUGACCCGGCCGGUCCGACCUUUGAGCACGCCGACAGGCCAAACCGGCUCUCCCCUGACGAUGCAAAAUUCGUCGACGUCCUGCACACAAAUACCAGAGGCAGCCCGGACCUCAGCAUCGGCAUCCAGAGACCCGUGGGUCAUGUGGACAUCUACCCCAAUGGAGGCACCUUCCAGCCUGGCUGCAGCCUGCAGAACACCAUGAGGAUGAUCGCUACAUACGGCUUGUACAACAUGGACCAGCUGGUGAAAUGUUCUCACGAGCGUUCGGUGCACCUGUUCAUCGACUCGCUGGUGAAUAAGGAUCAGCAGAGCCUGGCUUACCGCUGUAGCUCGAAAGAAGCCUUUUACAAGGGCCUGUGCCUCAGCUGCCGCAAAAACCGCUGCAACAAGCUGGGCUACAACAUCAACAAGGUCCGAACAGCCAGGAGCACCAGGAUGUACCUUAAGACACGUGAGAUGAUGCCUUACAAAGUUUUCCAUUACCAGAUUAAGGUACAUCUCUUUAGUCAUAGUAACUUGGCCCUGGACAACCAGCCUGUGAAAAUAUCUCUGUAUGGAACUCAUGAUGAGAAAGAUGGCAUCCCAAUAGUUGUACCGAGCAUGAUCACCAACACCACCAUCUCUUUCCUGGUGACCUCGGAUGUAGAUGUAGGGGAUCUGCUGAUGCUCAAGAUCCAGUGGGAGAGCGAUUCAUACCUGCCGAGCUUCUUCAGCACCAACCAGUUCCUGAUUCGCAAAAUGAGAAUUAAAUCUGGCGAGACGCAAGCCAAGGUGAUUUUCCAACCCAAGGACGUGGAAUUUGGGAGCCUCACUCAGGGCGCUGAUGGUGUGAUCUUUGUAAAAUCCAACGCCAAUCCCCAGAGCAGGAAAGAGGAGAGGUUGCAUAGGCUUAAAAUGCAUGGCAGCUUCUUCAAGCAGGACGGAACCGAGGCAGCAACCGACGUGAAAAAUCCAGAAACGCAAACAGAGAACGCAGUGACGGCAACCACAGUGAUGGUCACGCACAGUUCCUGAGGCAGUGGACUUUAAUGCUGUCUGCGAUGCUGUAUUGAGUCGAGUGUAAUUAGAAACAGAAGCCGUGUCUUUAUGUAUUGUUCGUACAUAAACUUUAAGAAACUACAUGACAGAUUAAUUAAUUGUGGCUAUGUGAUAUUUUGUAAAUAAUUAUAUAAGAAUUUGUAUUACAUCCUAUUAUAUUAAUGCUACUUUUAAAACCUGUCAGGUGCUCUUCUUAUUGAAUAAGUGUCAUAUAAUGUAAAUUUGUGGCCUAAAUGUUUAUUCUAUAACAUUAUAGAUCUGUUAGAUGGAUCUACCUCUGCCUAACAUUCCGAUUGGAAAUUCAAAAUGGCCGACUUCACGCAUAUUUAAAACACAGGUAGAAUUUCAGGAAAACUGUGUAUUUUUUUCGCAUUCGAAUUUGAACCGUAUUAGUAUUGUGUGUGUAAUAUGCUUGUAAUAUAUGUUUCUACUCCAACCAAAUGCCUUUGAUGUAUAUUUUUAGUAAGUAUGUAUAAACUAGGAAUUCUUACAUCCUCUAUGUACAGCACAUUUAACCAGGCUCUUGGUCCAAAAGAUAUUUAGAGCUGUAGAUUUUACCCGACUGAGCCCGGGUUUUCCAAAAUCGUCGGAGCACAGAUAUAUAUAGCGUGAUUACAUGACGGAGUGAGUGUCACACUCUCUGGUACACUCUCUCUACCAGUUAAAAAGGGAUAUCGGGCCCAGUGAAAAAUGAAUACAAAUAUGAAUAGUAUCAGCGCCAACCGUGUCCCUAGCCAAGUGUUAUGUUAACACCACUGUCUUUGUUUUGGAUAUUUAUUUAGACCUCGGGUAUAGUGCAUUUAAACUGUAAUCAUAAGUACUUUGUAUUUGCAAAUGUAUAUUUCAAUUAAAAAAAUGAUACUUUACGAAA